AUGGAAGACAAAAUUAGAAUUAUUUCUACGAAACGGUCGCUUAUAGAUGAGAUAAUGCCGGGUGACUCGUAUGAGAAUGCGUCAAAAAUAAAGAAGGUUUCUGGGGUUUAUAGAGAAUUCAAGACGUCUGAUGUAGAAAACAGUCCAACAACUCCUUGUCUGUCGAUUAUGCGUGGGUUAGCAUUUGAAGAAAUUCGGCGGUCGUGGGAAUUUGCGGACUUCUUUCCCACUAAAACUACUGUAUCAAUGAAUAACAUGCAUGGAAUAACAAAUAAAUCACGGCCCAGAUCAACAAUUACCAUGAACCGUGCGUUAGACAAGGGUGCUCCUUAUUUAAUGUACAGUGUAGAUGGGCAUAAGUAUUAUAUAAGAAAGGAGAGGACGACUGAUAAUGAAGAUACAGUUGGUUUUAUAUACAAGGAAGACUCGCCGAUAAAAAUAUCUUUAUACAGGAACACAGCAGAAUUUCUUACUGGUGAGUAUUUAGACAUAGUAGAAUGUACAGAACUAACCCAGCACAGGAUACUUCUACCGAAUUCAUUAGACAUGGCCGUGCCUGAGAAGGGAGGAUCUUUUAUUCCUGUUCUAAGGGAAAUGGAGUCUACCAAAGCCAUAAACAACAAGAAGAUGUAUUUAGAUAAAAUAGAUAUGUGUACAGGUAAAAUAGAUAAUUAUAUCUUGCAGUGUAAAGACAGUACCAGAAAGUAUAAGAGAAUAUCAAAUACGUGGCAUCCUCAGCAGUAUAUUGCAAUGAACAUAGAUACAGUUGGUAUAAUUGAUUUACGAGAGAAAACGUCAAAUACAUUUUGGCAGUGCAGGAGUAUAGCAAGGCAUUAUACCACAGAUGAACUAAGUCCUAAUUAUACUGUAGAGAAAGGGGCCGAGAGUAAAAUAUACGUAAAUAAUGGGAAGGCCCUUGGAUCAUUUGAUAUGAGGAAUUUAACAACUCUGUACGGCAUAAAAGACACAGGAGUACAUAAAGGGAUACUUUCAGUUGGAAAGCAUCCUGCAGUAUACAAUCACAGAGGGCAUUUUUACUUCCAGAGUUAUUAUGACUCAGACAAUCAGAUGGUUAAGUUAUACAAUUUCAACACGAAUUAUUCCUUUAUAGGGUUUGACUGGAUUGGCAAGUCAGCUAAUCUUCCGUUUACAAUGGCUGCAUUUCUCUUUGAGAAUAAAAUACAUAUUUAUACGGGCGAUGGGCAAGUAAAUGAGCUACCAAUUGUGUGCAAGAAGAGGCCAUGUGGCAGACAAGCAAUGAGCCAUGAAUUAUUACGUCUGUUAAAGAAAGGGAAGGUUUAUUCAAGUAAAUUACUUAAGAAAAGUUCUCUUCCCAGAAUAAAUAACUCCGACAAUGAUCCGUACACAUUCUUAGAACGGUCAUUAUUAGACGGGUUUAGGGAUCCACUGGAUAAAUCAGAAGAUACGGGAAUAUCCACGCAACCUAAUGAUUCUGUUAAAAAAACCAUCCCGUACACAAAAAUGAUUGAAUAUUUAUCAACAAGUGAUAUGACGGCACUGGCGAAGGAGAAGUCAAAUGAGUUCCCUUCUAAAUAAUUCGUAAAUUUACAGUACAAGAAAUUUACAGCCGGCCCAGCUAAUAAUUGCAAAUAUUUUUAUGACAAGAAUAUUUA